AUGUGCAAUCCGGCGGACAAAGCAGCAGAGACUGCACGAAUGCUGGAAAGAAUUUCUCAGUUUUUGCUUGGGGAAGAUGACUACUUUUCACCUCACUCUCUCACUACAAGCACCGCCAUUUUAGCGGAAGAGCAACAAUUCUCUGCAAUUCCAAUACACGAAGAAAGUUACUCCCAAUCCUCCCCGACUCUUUGUCCUUUGAAUGCGGUCUCUAAAUCUACAGCUAGCGGCUACAAACAUCUGUCAGAUGACAGUAAUAUGACAUUGCAGGAAGCCGCAAAUAGGCAGUGGAGAUCAGUUGGUCCGGCAGUACAAAACGAAAAGGAAGCAGAGACAGUGACGUAUAAAGAUGGAGAAAAGCAUUACAGAGGAGUGAAGAAAAUUAAAGCGGGGGGGAAAUUUGCGGCAGAGAUAAGAAACCCUGAUAAGAAGGGCGCGAGAUUUUGGCUGGGCACUUUCAGUACGGCGGAAGCUGCGGCAGCGGCAUAUGACCGAGCGGCUUUUAAAAUACGCGGUAGCAAAGCUAUUCUUAACUUUUCCCUCAAUGUUGAGUCCGGAUGUUACGUAGAUUCGCAUUCUCAAUCUUCCACUUCAUUAAGCUCGUCAAAUAAAAGGAGGAGAAUAAGCAAAGAAGAAGCGGAAUAUCCACAAAAUAAAUAG